CCCCCCUACACCUCUCUGAUCUUCUUACAGGUGUCUGCCAAUUCAAGCUCUCAUCCAUGGCGGCUAAUUUCCUCAUUUUUCCAUUUCUACCCCUGGCCGUCCUCCUGAUCUUUCUUGCUCCUCCAAGCUGCCAUGGCGGUUAUUGGCCACCCUCCCCUGGCUACUACCCCGGCUCUAAGUUUAGGUCCUACACCUUUAACCAAGGCUUCAAGAACAUCUGGGGUCCUAACCAUCAAAGUGUUGAUAACAAUGGCUUACGCAUUUGGCUCGACACCAGCUCAGGAAGCGCGUUCAAAUCGAUUAAACCGUUCCGGUCGGGAUACUUCGGAGCAUCCAUCAAGCUUCAACCCGGUUACACAGCAGGGGUUAUCACUGCUUUCUACCUUUCAAAUGCGGACGCACACCCAGGGUUCCACGAUGAAGUGGACAUUGAGUUUCUGGGAACAACGUUUGGGAAGCCAUAUACAUUACAGACCAAUGUGUAUGUACGAGGAAGUGGUGAUGGCAACAUUGUUGGGAGGGAGAUGAAGUUCCACCUGUGGUUCGACCCGACCCAAGAUUUUCACAACUAUGCCAUCGUAUGGAAUCCUAGAGAAAUCAUAUUUUUAGUGGAUGAUGUGCCAAUAAGGUGGUAUCCUAGGAGGAGUGCCGAGACAUUUCCACUAAGGCCAAUGUGGAUAUACGGAUCAAUAUGGGACGCUUCGUCCUGGGCAACCGAGGACGGCAAGUACAAGGCGGAUUACCGGUACCAGCCUUUCAUCGGACAGUUUAGAAACUUUAAAGUGGGCGGCUGCACCGCCUGGGCGUCGCGGUGGUGCCAAGUAGCCACCGCUGGUCCGUACCGGUCCGGCGGGCUAACGGGGCAGCAGCGCGGCGCUAUGCGGUGGGUUCAGUCUCACUACUUGGUCUACAACUAUUGCAAGGACUCAAGGAGAGACCUUUCCAAAACGCCGGAAUGCUUGAGCUGAUCCAAUGGACCGACAAUUAUUUCAUAUUGUUUGUUUUUCUUAAUUAUGUGUACCAACAUUUUUCCUCCAAUGGGAUAUGUGUGGGGCCUGGCCGGGGCAAAACCGGGCCCGCUUGUCUGCAUCCAACUGCAAUUCAAGAUUUACGUGUUUUUUUUUUUUUUUUGAAAAGAUUUACGUUGUUGAAUCAAAUAAAAUAGCAAAUCACCAUUUCUAUGCUCUCCAAA